GAUGCCAACAACGACUCUACCUACUAGAAUAACAGAUCUUCAAUAUUCAUUGUAAAAAUAUGCCUCGUUUACGCGAACAAGAAAGAGAGAGAUUAAGGGGACCUGUAAGUGGAUUUCUAUGCAUUCUAUUCGUAGUUUUAUGUGUAGCUAUAGCAUUAAUUCUGAACGAUACGACAGCCAAGACUAGAGAAAAUAAUGUCAAGUUGGAGAAGGAAGCGUAUGAGGACAGGAAACCACUCGAGAAAACAAUGAAACCAAAUGAAGAACAUGAGAAGCAUAAAAUUCAUAUUCAAAUUUAUUCAAGCAACGACUCAGCUGUCAUAACAGUUGAUGGGACAAAGGUUUUAGAAGCAACUGACCCAGAAAAGGGGCGUGGCAUAAGUGCAGUGGUCUUAAACCAAGCCACCGGUGCAGUGAUGGCCAACAGAACAUUUGAUACCUGCUUUUGGAAAGAUGACUCUGAUGAAAUGGUGUUCUUUCUCAAUAAUGUAUCAGAUGGACGAAUCAUUUGCUUUACAGUGAAGGAUGAAGGUUCAAUGUCUUUAAAAACUAAUGCCAGAAAUUUAAUGAGUACUCUUGGAAGUGAGAACUUUAGCCGCUUUGGCUGGCGUGACACUUGGGGUUUUGWUGUUCAGAAGAAAGGAAAAAGAUAUGCAGAAGGCUUUCAAAAGUCAAAAUCGCGUGACACCUGGGCUGAGCCUGUUUCUUUUGAGGUGGCAGUACCGUUGCAGUUGGUGGAAGAGAGUGAGUGUCAUUGGGAAGAUACAGAGGGCAAUAGAAGACGGAAAGACUUUUGUAGUAAAUAUGAAGGAUAUGGAAGUAUAUGCAGCUGUUCAAACCCAGCAGCUAUCGACAUCAAAGCAGAGUCUCUUCCUAAUAACCAACAGCUUGAGCUUCCAGUAGCAGUGAUAGCUAGUAACAGACCUCAUUACUUGUACAGGAUGUUACGGCCAAUGUUGUCUGCGGUGGGAGCAAAGCCUGAUAAAGUGACUGUAUUUAUCGAUGGUUAUUUUGAGGAACCACUGGCUGUGGCAAAACUGUUUGGUGUUAGGGGAAUACAGCACACACCAGUCAGCAGUAAAAAUGCAAGAAUAGCUCAGCAUUAUAAAGCAAGUCUUACAACAACCUUCAACCUGUAUCCCAAAGCAGAGUACAUGAUCAUUCUAGAAGAAGAUUUGGACGUGUCUCCAGACUUGUUUAACUAUUUCCAACAGCUUAUUCCUCUGAUGAAUGUGGAUGACAGUAUUUACUGUAUAUCUGCUUGGAAUGAUCAGGGUUAUGAUCACACAGUAGGCGACAAGGCCAUGCUAUAUAGAGUGGAGACCAUGCCAGGAUUAGGCUGGGUAUUGAAGCGUAAACUCUACAAAGAUGAGCUUGAACCUCAAUGGCCAACGCCAGACAAGUUCUGGGACUGGGACGUGUGGAUGCGACUACCUGAGAUACGAAAGGGUCGUGAAUGUAUCAUCCCAGACAUUUCGCGGACAUAUCACUUUGGUACCAAGGGAUUAAACAUGAAUCCGCAUUUCCAGGAAUUGUACUUUAAAAAAAAAGCACUGAACACUGAAUCUAAUGUCAAAUUAAACAUAGAAGUUAUGAAAAAAGAGAAUUACGAGAAAGAGAUUGAACGACUUGUUGGUAUUGCUGAAGUGCUCGACCACUCCAAGAAUCCGUGCGCAAACCCAGACUUUUUCCCCCAAACAAAAGGAGAGACUUAUGUAUUUUAUAUCAAAAUGGAUCACCCGACUGACUGGGUAACCUGGAAUAGUGUAUCAAAAUGCCUUCAUAUCUGGGAUGUGGAAGAGGAUGUUCGUGGUUUCCACAAGAGCAUGUGGAGACUAUGGUUUAAUAGUAAUCAUAUUCUAAUUGUAGGUUCUCCUGCUUCUCCUUAUUCCAAGCAUAAACCCCUGGCAUGCAGACUACCUGCAUGA